CUGACAGACGCAUGCGCAGUGUGGGUGUCAGCGGGUUGGUUGGGCUUGUGUUUACAGCUCUGCUGGAUGCUGUUGGCUGCUGAUGUUAUUGGGAAAGUGCAAUGUGGUGCCAACCGCCAUUGGAAUAAAUAUAACUGUGGGAAUAAAGGUGAUUUUGCUCAUCAUCUCCCACCACUUCCUCCUUCCGUCUUCCAUUCAUGAGCAGCGUGGCUGAGUUUAACAGCGGCAGCCAUGGAUGACAAGGGCUCGGUGGGGAAGAUUAGCGUGUCUUCGGACUCAGUGUCCACUCUCAACAGUGAGGACUUUGUCCUUGUGUCCCGGCUGGGGGACGAGACACCCUCCUCCACUAAUAAUGGUAGUGAUGACGAAAAGACAGGAUUGAAGGUAAGGAUGGUUGGGUGUAGGUUCGGACGGACGCACAAGGGAGAGAAGGGAGACUUCAGAGCUGUACUGGUCAAAUGAAUUUAGGUGCUGAGUAUCACUGGUCUGUUGACAUUUACAGUGAUAUCAAGCUCAUGGACAUAAAUCCUUUUUUAGGACGCGUCUUACUAUAAAUAUCAUGAGUAUGCUCAAUACUAAUAAUAGAAUAAACUGUAAAGCAAUAAUUAUUUUCAAAAUACCAGUAGGAUAACUUCGCUGCAGUCUAAAUGGUGUCAUAUCAGCACUGUUUUUUUGUAAUAGUUAAACUGAUUUAGGUGUGUAACUCAGGAACCACAGCAAGAUUUACCAAAAGAACUUGAUGUUCAUUUUAUCUUUACCUACUGUGUUUGUCAUUAGUGUAACUUGUUAAAAUUGCAGGUCAGGGGUCCCAGUCCAUACAUAUUCCAUUGUUAACAAGUUGUGUUCGUCACGCACAUGUCAAGAGCUCUCGUCCAUCUUUUUUAACAUAUAGUCUCACACUCUAACCAUAAGGCUAACCAUUUCUUAUUUUGCUUUUUCCAUAUUCUCACUCUGCCUUCUUCUCCACAUUCUCACUCUGCCUUCUUCUCCACAUUCUCACUCUGCCUUCUUCUCAUAUGUCUUAGAUUUGUGUGUUUUAUCUGUGAUUGUCCUUUUUCAUUUGCUACUUACAGUAAGGAAGCCCUUAAAUCCUUGUUAACAUGUGCACAUCACCAGAAAUUAAAAGCACGUUAUCACAGGCUUUUUUUGUAGUGAAGUACUUGCUCUCAUCUCUCACACCUGUGAAGAAUUUCAUUUGUUUUCCGAGUUCUUCCCCUGUAAAUCUUCUGUAUUAUUUAAGUAGUAUGGGGUAGUGGAAAAAGAAAGGUGUCAUCCUUGCAUAUCAAACAACUGAAGAAAACACUCUUAUCUUUAGUGCUUUUUUAUUGUGUGAGGUGAAAGUGAAGUCAGCUCAUAUUUUACCAGUUUGUCAUUCAGUGUCAGCAAGAUGAAUGCUACUUAACUUUGGGAAAACAUCUCCCAUCUGCAGUCAAUCAGCUGCUUCUGUUAGUAUACAGCAUGUGCUAUCAUACCACAGUAUGUCUGACAUACGGUAUGCCCUCUGCAAUUCAGUUCAGUGCUUCAGUUAGCAGAUAUUAGUUUACAAACAGUGUGGUGAUGCAGCUGCAAGUGCUUUGAAGUCAUUGUCAGGGAAAAUAAUGGUGUUUUGUGACUAGGGUGUGUCUCCACAAAGAGAACGAAGACUUUCUGAGGAAAGAAAUGUAGCUUCCAGCUCUGUGUGUGUCCCUAAUGGGUUCAGGUUCCUCUCCUCUCCUCUCCUCUCCUCUCCUCUCCUCUCCUCUCCUCUCCUCAUCUCUCCUCUCCUCUGGAUACAUUUUGUCCAUGUGUCUUUCAGUUUACUAGUUAUCACAUUUCCUUUUAUUGAAUUUAGUUUUAGUAAUUUGAAAGUAGCUGGCUCGCAUGUUCAUACUGUGUCCAUUAGUUUACAUCAUUACUGUACCUGUGUUUCUUUUUGAAGGAAGGAAUUGUCGACUUGAUGUUGUAAAGGUACCAGAAGGUGGCGCCAUCAGAGCUUGGACAUUGCAUAUUCAGUUGAUAGGAAGUGGUCACACUUUUUUCCUGUCAUUUGCUGUGCUUGGACAUGAGAGAAUAUGAUUUUGCAUAUUACACGAGUACAGAGUCUAUUAAAGAAUCACAAUUGUUUUGAUGGAAAACCGAGCAGAGGUAUCAGUUUUGUGCAGCCUAGUGGCGGCUGUCUGUCUGCAGUCAGAGGAAGAACAAGCGGUACCCCACACACACCCACUGUUCUCAGUAUGUAGUGGUGAAAUCACUCCAUUCACAUACACUUGGUCAUCCAGAUAUCAUGUAUUGGUUUUCGCCAACACACUCUUGUGCACAUUUCCCUCCCAGUCAGCCCAUCCAGUCAGCGAGGAGUCAGUGUGUCUAAACUUGUUGUUUGUUAUGCAGGUGAUUUCUGAGGAAGGGGUCAGCUUUAAGAUUGUGGGGAAUGGAAGUGAGCAGCAGCUCCAGAGGGAGUUAGAGGAUGUCCUCAUGGACCCAUCGGUAGCUGACACUGGGCUCGGAUCAGAAACAGUAAUGGACAGCCUUAGUGGGGGCGACCAUGGCCUUCUUCCCACUACAGCGUCACCUGUACCACCAGGCUCUGACCCUCUGAGCGCACCACCACCCAAGUUGGAGAUGGUGCUUCCUGUUCAGACGGCUCAGGAGAGUGAGCUGAAUGAGAGGUCGUAUCGAGCAGAUGAAUCAUCAUCAGAGGGCAGUCCUUGCAGUCCCAUCCCAGAUGAGGACAGCGUUGUGUUCAGCCAGCUGACAUAUCUGGGGUGUGCCUCAGUCAACGCCCCCCGCAGUGAGGUGGAGGCCCUCCGUAUGAUGAGUAUCCUAAGAGGGCAGUGCCAAGUCCCCCUGGAUGUCACACUGUCUGUGCCAGGCGUGUCCGAAGGCACUGUCAGGUUGCUGGACCCCCAUGCCAGUACGGAGAUCGCCAACUACCCUAUCUAUAAGAUUCUGUUCUGUGUGCGAGGCCAUGAUGGCACACCAGAGAGCGACUGUUUUGCCUUCACUGAGAGCCACUACAAUGCUGAGAUCUUCAGGAUCCAUGUGUUCCGCUGCCAAAUCCAAGAAGCGGUGAGUCGGAUACUGUACAGCUUUGCCACUGCAUUUCGGCGGUCAGCUAAGAAGGCAGUUCUGUCAUCUCAGCAGGCUGCGCCGCUCACCCCUGACAGUGACUUGUUUACCUUCACCGUCAGCCUGGAAAUCAAGGAGGAUGAUGGCAAGGGUACUUUCAGUGCUGUAGCAAAAGACAAGGACAAGCAGAGCUUCAAGCUGCGUGCAGGAAUGGACAAGAAAAUUGUCAUUUAUGUCCAGCAGACCUCCAAUAAGGAACUGGCUAUUGAGAGGUGUUUCGGUCUCCUGCUCAGCCCAGGGAAAAAUGUGAAGAACAGUGACAUGCACCUGCUGGACCUGGAGUCAAUGGGAAAGAGCUCCGACGGGAAGUCUUACAUCAUCACAGGAAGUUGGAACCCCAACACGCCUCAGUUCCAGGCUGUGAAUGAGGAAACGCCCAAAGAUAAAUUCAUGUAUAUGACGACAGCAGUGGACCUGGUGAUUACAGAGGUGGAGGAGCCAGUCCGUUUUCUGCUGGAGACGAGGGUCAGAGUUUGUUCCCCAAAUGACAGGCUGUUCUGGCCCUUCAGCAAGCGUAACUACACUGAGACCUUCUACCUUAAACUACGACAGAUGGAGCGUAAGGAGCGUAAGAGUCCUGCCUCUGACACACUUUAUGAGGUGGUGAGUUUGGAAAGUGAGACUGAGAGAGAGAAACGGAAGACCACAGCUAGUCCCAGCAUCCUGCCCACCGGGCCUGGAACCAUGGUUCCUUCACCCCCGGAGGAUGAUGAAGAGGAAGAUAAUGAUGAGCCGUUACUCAGCGGGUCAGGUGAUGUUUCCAAGGAGUGUGCAGAGAAGAUCCUAGAGACCUGGGGAGACUUGUUAUCCAAGUGGCAUAUGAACUUAUCAGUGCGUCCCAGGCAGCUGCCAGCUUUGGUGCGGAGUGGCAUUCCUGAGGCUCUCCGUGGGGAGGUGUGGCAGCUCCUGGCAGGCUGUCAUAACAACGACCACCAGGUGGAAGAGUACCGCACUCUUAUUACAAAGGAGUCUCCUCAGGACAGUGCCAUCACCAGGGACAUUAACAGGACAUUCCCAGCUCAUGACUACUUCAAAGACACUGGAGGAGAUGGACAAGACUCCCUCUACAAGAUCUGCAAGGCUUACUCUGUUUAUGAUGAGGAGAUUGGCUACUGCCAGGGGCAAUCCUUCUUGGCUGCUGUGCUGCUGCUGCACAUGCCGGAGGAGCAAGCUUUCAGUGUUCUGGUCAAGAUCAUGUUUGAUUACGGGCUUAGGGACCUUUUCAAGCAGAACUUUGAAGAUCUGCAUUGCAAGUUCUUCCAACUUGAGAGACUCAUGCAGGAAUAUAUACCAGACCUGUACAACCAUUUCCUGAAUGUGGGUCUGGAGGCUCAUAUGUAUGCCUCUCAGUGGUUCCUCACCCUCUUCACAGCCAAGUUCCCUCUUUACAUGGUCUUCCAUAUCAUUGACCUGCUACUGUGUGAGGGCAUCAGUGUGAUCUUCAAUGUAGCCCUGGCACUUCUGAAGACAUCAAAAGACGAUCUGAUCCAAACAGACUUUGAGGGGGCGCUCAAAUUCUUUCGUGUCCCGGUUCCAAAGAGGUACCGUUCUGAGGAAAAUGCAAAGAAACUGAUGGAGCUGGCCUGUAGCAUGAAGAUCAGCCAGAAAAAGCUGAAGAAAUUUGAGAAGGAGUACCAUACCAUAAGGGAGCAGCAGGAGCAACAGGAGGCCCCCAUCGAGAGAUAUGAGCGGGAGAACCGCCGUUUGCAAGAGGCUAACAUGCGUUUGGAGCAGGAGAAUGACGACCUGGCACAUGAACUAGUCAGCAGCAAGAUAGCCCUGCGCAAAGACCUCGACAACGCUGAAGAGAAGGCGGACGCCCUAAAUAAAGAGUUGCUGCUGACCAAACAGAAACUGGUGGACUCUGAGGACGAGAAGAGACGACUGGAGGAAGAGUCUGCACAGCUGAAGGAGAUGUGCAGACGAGAGCUUGAUAAAUCUGAAUCUGAGAUUAAGAAGAACGGCUCCAUUAUUGGAGAAUAUAAGCAGAUCUGCUCCCAGCUGAGUGAACGACUGGAGAAACAACAGACUGCCAACCGAGGAGAACUGGAGAAAAUCCGGUCCAAGGUGGAAGGCUGUGAGAAGUGCAGUAGUCUUUUCAACAAAGAGGGUCGUGUGCGGGCUGUGACCACAGCACCUGCUGGGGGGACUGAGGAGACAGAUGAGGAGAAGGAGGGUUUGAAGAACCAGCUGAGAGAGAUGGAGCUGGAACUAGCCCAGACCAAACUGCAGCUGGUGGAGGCUGAGUGCAAAAUCCAGGACCUGGAGCACCACCUGGGUCUGGCCCUCAACGAGGUGCAGGCUGCCAAGAAGACCUGGUUCAACCGAACGCUCAGCUCCAUCAAGACCGUCACUGGGACCCAGGGCAAGGAGACCACCUAACCUGAUAACCCCAUCAUCCAGUUUUACCCAGACCAUGUCUGGAGUACAGUGCAACUCACCACGCUGAAACCUCUGGACGCCUAACUUAACACACCGGGCCAUAAUUUUAACUUGAACACUGACCGUUAAACCCCAGGAUGACCAUUACUACAGACUGUUACUUGUUCCUCUCAUCAAAAAUGUCCUCCUGUUUCCCUGUUCCUACCCCUCCUGAUCUAUUCACCCCCAUCCAUUUCUUCCCCCAUCCAACCCGAAUGACUACAGCCAACUGUGCUGAUGAGAAGGGGUUGAAAAACACAAGAUGAAGUACAACAGUACCACUUUCCCCAGAGAAACAAUGUGCUUCCACCGGUCACAGAAAGAAAAGCGUAAAAUAAGAGAAAUGCUUCAUUUAUUUCUGUCUUUGUACUGCUGAUAUUAAAGACCCGCAGAAGGAAGGUAGGACAUCUGAACUGUAGCUGUCCGGAUGAGACAGAGAAGAAAACACUCCGUCCUUCCCUACUGUUCUGCGUGCUCCCUCUAAACUACUGGCACAAACCAACCAGUCCCUGUAAAAUGUUUGUUUUAGGUACGAGAGCUGAUAGACGCCUUUUCAAAACUGAGCUUUUUCUAAUUUACGUUGAACAAUACCUUUCUUUUUCUAUGAAUGUGCUUAUGUAAAGAGGAUAUGUGUGUGUUUAAGUGCGCAUGUUUUUUGUUUUGUGUUGACUGUGAGGUGUAUGUGAGACUGAAAAAAAAAACGUGUUUGAAUGCAUAAAUAAUUGACUGAAAUAAUGUUAAAUUGUGUGUAUAAAAGAAAGAGAGCGAGCGUGUGGAAGUCCAAGGGAAAGAAAAAGCACUAUGGUUAUGAGUGUGUGCAUGCAUGUAAGGGAAGCUUUUCUUGAUUGUCUAGUUUCCUUUAAUGUUCAUAUAUGUACAUGAAUGAUGCUAAAGAAAAGUUUGCUGAUAAAGCCCUGAUCUGAAGGUUGAUAAAGAUGAUACUAGUGAAUAUAAAUAUAUAAUUUACAAUAAGAACAGAAGCAUAAAAAGCUGUUGUGAUUAACAACAACAGCAUAACUUUCCUCACAUCAAAUUUCAGACAUAAAACAUGCUUGAGGUUUGUUUGGUUUGGAUGUCGCAGCACAAAGAAACUAAAAAAGCUCCAAACCAUGCAAACCUCCACAUGUAUUUUACAGUAUGUUUAUGUAUGUUAUAACACUGUUAACCCCAGAAUGGUGCAAUGCUUGUUACAAACCAUAAACAUCACUUAGGGGAAGCGUAAAGUCAAAAUGGACAACACACACAGAACAUUGUAAUUCCUGUUGCACUUUAACACACCGUUAAAACCCACCUCCCUGGUGCCAGCUGUGAUCUUUGACCUUGACUGGCAUGCUUGAUACUUAGUUGAGCAGGGUGUCAGGCCACGUUGUGUUUACUUUUCACAGUUCAGUCAGACCUUUGGGAUCUCUUUUACCACAACACGCAAACAUUGAAUUACACUGUUCAUUUUGUAUAAAGGCAGGUACAGAACUCUCAGCAGUCAUCUAUGUCCUCCAAGCAUGUGACAAGGUCAAGAGGUUUGGUUACUUUCUGGCAAAAAUAUAAGAGGGGUAAGAUGUUUGAUCUUAGAGACCGUUUUGGUGCGAGACGAGUAUGGUCAUCUUUAUACAAGAUGGUGAGGGAAACAGAAGCAAUGCAGUCAGCAGUAAAAACAAAACAUGCCUGUGGUCAGAGGACAAUGGCCAGAAAAGAUGUUUAAAAUUAACAGGAAGGCCACAAGGACAUAGAUAAGUGCAGCAGAGUGCAGAAGGGCAUGUCACAACACAUAACUUGUUGAAUCUUGGCUUGACUUUAAUUUCCGCUGUUGAUGGUAGGUCAGUUGGCAUAAAAGCUUGUAUCCUGUGUUGAGUCAAAGGUAGAAGAAUGUGGUGGGGAAUAGGGGGGUGCUGGCUUACAACAAUAUCCAUUAAUAUCGCUGGAAUGCCACAGUGUACAAAAGCAUUGUUACUGUCCAGGUACAGCUCUUCAUGGCCAAGUGACAAAUCGCUCAAUAUCUCAAAAUGGAUCCAGUAACAUGACAGAGACUUGUGUUUAUUCCGGCUGCCUGCACGCAACUCAGUAGAGCACCUUGGGGAUGAGGUGGAACAGGAUAACCACAGCACAAGCAUCUUGCAGCUUCCAAAAAAAUCUGCAGGAAUUGAUUGACUUUAUCGAACCAGC